AGCUAACCGGGACUAGGCGAGUAUUAAUUGGCAAAUAUCACCACACCCAAUGGGCCGGAGGCACAUUCAGCGUACCAAAACCAGGAAAUCUAGCCCGCUGUGGACAGCCGAACUGUAUGACAAGAGCAAGGAUAGGCGAUCAACGCCGUUCAGCGUCGCCCUCCAUCAUACCAAAAUGCUAUGGUCGGCUCAUCUAUAAGUUUGGCUCUUCUUCCGCCUCAAAUUAAAGUUGAUUGCAACGUGGGUGGUCAUACACUUGUCUGAUGAGAGUAGUGUUUCUUCCGACUGUUGGUCAUUGCUCGAGUUGACAAACAUGUACGCCAAGGCUCUCAUUACGGUCUUCCUGGGCUCCGGCCUCGUCUCGGCCCAGCUCAACACUCUUGCUGUCCGUGCUGGCCUGAAGUACUUUGGAACUGCUGUCGGCGAAGGCCAGGUCAACGAUGCCACCUACAGAGCCGUCGUGAAUAACAAGAACGAGUUCGGCUCCCUGGUUCCCGAGAACGGGCAAAAGUGGCAGGGUACCGAGCCCAACCGCGGCUCGUUCUCUUUCGGUAAUGCAGACAUCGUUCCCAACAUCGCCAAGGCAAACGGCCAGAUUCUGCGGUGUCACACUUUGACAUGGCACUCUCAGCUGCCAAACUGGGUUUCCAGUGGACAGUGGACCGCCGCUACCCUGACGUCCGUCAUCGAGACUCACAUCUCAAAUGUCAUGAAGCAUUACUUGGGCCAAUGCUACGCCUGGGAUGUUGUCAAUGAGGCCGCCGACGACGACGGCAGCUGGCGCAGGAGUGUCUUCUACAACGUGCUCGGCACCAGCUUUCUCCCUAUCUCCUUCAGAGCUGCCAAGGCUGCCGAUCCUAACACGAAACUGUACUACAACGACUACAACCUAGAGUACAACGGGGCCAAGACCAACCGCGUUUACGAGGCCGUCACAAUUGUUCAGAAUGCUGGUGCGCCUAUCGACGGUGUCGGUUUCCAGGGUCAUCUGAUUGUCGGCUCAACCCCGAGCCGCAGCGCCCUCGCAACCGUCCUCCGCCGUUUCACCGCACUCAACCUCGAGGUCGCUUACACCGAGCUUGACAUCCGACACUCCAGUCUCCCGGCCUCCUCGUCUGCCAAGGCGACCCAGGGCAACGACUACGCCAACGUCGUCGGCUCAUGUCUCGAUGUAGAUGGCUGCGUCGGCGUCACCAUCUGGGGCUUCACGGACAAGUACAGCUGGAUCCCCGGGACCUUCCCCGGCACGGGCGACGCCCUCCUCUGGGACUCGAACUACAACAAGAAGCCGGCCUACACCUCCGUCUCCUCCCUCCUCGCCGCGGCGGCGACUGGUGGCACCCCCCCGCCCCCUGCCACCACUACCGCCCCCGGCCCUGGUAUCACCACCACCGCCCCUGCUCCCGGCCCUACGACCUCCGCCCCUGGCGGCGCUCAGUCUCCGAAGUACGGCCAGUGCGGUGGUCAGGGCUGGUCUGGUCCUUUCGCUUGCGUCUCCGGCACCACCUGCACCUUUGUCAACACCUGGUACAGCCAAUGUUUGUAGACUACGCCCUUCUAAGGCGGUAAACAGUCAUUUGUUGUCUUUUUCGCUCCCUGUUGAGGGGUCAAAGACAAAGAGGGCUGCAAUAGUCGAUGAAAAGGGAUCAAUGUACUUGGUUGGUGAAAAUACCGUCCACAUAGCUGGGCUUACAAAAUAUAUAUAUCUCGUGCUCCUAUGUAUUCCUUCGACCAGCCCAAGGCAAUAUAUUUAGUCAUCGGAGGGAUGACAGCUCUUGGUCAGAAAAGACUUUAGAAUCAAGCAGAUGGC